AUGCCGUUCAAUACUCUUCUUACUCGGAAACUAGGGAUUAAAAUCCCUGUGGUACAGGGUGGUAUGCAAUGGGUCGGAUUUGCUGAACUGGCGAGUGCAGUUAGCAAUGCAGGAGGUCUGGGCAUCCUUACUGCCCUUACUCAACCCACGCCUGAAGACCUGCGCAAAGAGAUUCGAAAAUGUCGCGCAAUGACGACGAAUCCGUUCGGUGUCAACAUCACACUAUUACCAGCUCUGUCUCCACCAGACUAUGGCGCCUAUGCUCGUGUCAUUAUUGAAGAGGGUAUCCGCAUCGUUGAGACAGCAGGAAACAGUCCUGGACCAGUCAUAAAGACACUGAAAGAAGCCGGCUGCAUCAUAAUCCAUAAAUGCACUACCAUUCGUCAUGCUCAGUCGGCCAUUAAGCUCGGGGUAGACUUUCUUUCUAUUGACGGAUUCGAAUGCGCAGGCCACGUCGGCGAAUCAGAUAUCACCAACUUCAUCUUACUAAGUCGGGCAAGGCAAUCUAUCAGCAUCCCUUUUAUUGCGUCUGGUGGAUUUGCCGAUGGUCAGGGACUGGCUGCUGCAUUAAGCCUUGGUGCCGAAGGCAUUAAUAUGGGUACAAGAUUCAUGUGCACUGUUGAGGCACCGGUGCAUCACAAAGUCAAGGAGGCAAUUGUAGCUGCGGACGAGACGGACACACAACUAGUGCUUCGUAGGUGGAAGAACACGACAAGACUUUAUGGAAACAAAGUUGCCAAAGAAGCCGCCAGAGUUGAACAGGAGUCCACGUCCGGAAAAUUUGAGGACGUGGCACCCUUUGUGAGCGGCAAGCGGGGUCGAGAAGUGUUCAUCAAUGGAGACGUUGACUACGGGGUCUGGACAGCAGGACAAGUCAUUGGCCUCAUUCAUGACAUUCCCACUUGCGACGAACUUGUGAAGCGCAUCGAGCGCGAAGCCGAGGAAACCAUCUCGCGGGCUGCCUCGUUGAUGUACGAUGGCCACCAACAUCUCAAGUCAAAAGAGGGAACAGUGGGUGACAAGACGAACAAUCCAACAGCUGAAGUAUGGGGUGUAGGCAAGAGCAAGUUGUAG